GCCUGCCCGGGAGCCUGGAGCCGGCGGCUGCGAGGGACGGGCCCCGCGGCCCCGGCCGGACUCGGAGCGGCCCCGCCCGGCCCCGCCCGGCCCCGGGCCAUGUCGGCCCGCACGCUGCCGCUGCUCUUCCUCAACCUGGGCGGCGAGAUGCUCUACAUCCUGGACCAGCGGCUGCGGGCCCAGAGCAUCCCCGGGGAGAAGGCCCGCAAAGUUAUGAAUGAUAUCAUCACAACCAUGUUCAAUAAAAAGUUUAUGGAGGAGCUGUUUAAACCACAGGAACUCUAUUCCAAGAAGGCCCUGAGAACAGUGUAUGACCGGCUGGCUCAUGCUUCAAUCAUGAGGCUGAACCAGGCGAGCAUGGAUAAGCUCUAUGAUCUUAUGACUAUGGCUUUCAAAUACCAAGUUCUGCUCUGUCCUCGACCCAAAGACAUACUGCUAGUCACUUUCAAUCAUCUGGAUGCUAUCAAGGAUUUUAUACGAGACUCCCCUAAUAUUCUUAACCAAGUGGAUGAAACAUUUCGGCAGCUAAUCGAUAUGUACAGUUGUCUCUCUGCUGGUGAAUUUCAGCUGAUCAGGCAAACACUCCUAAUUUUCUUUCAGGACAUGCACAUCAGGGUCUCCAUCUUUCUAAAGGAUAAAGUACAAAACUCGAAUGGUCGCUUUGUGCUGCCUAUAUCAGGUCCUGUUCCAUGGGGAACAGAAGUUCCAGGACUCAUCAGGAUGUUUAAUUGCAAUGGAGAUGAAGUUAAAAGGGUUGAAUUCACCAAUGGUGGAAAUUAUAUCAGUCCACAAAGGGAAGGUUCAUUUGAUCUUUAUGGAGACAGAGUGCUUAAACUGGGGACAAACAUGUACAGUGUUAGUCGGCCAGUAGAGACACAUAUGUCAGGAGCAUCCAAGAGCUUGGCAUCCCACACAAAGGAGAAUGCAGCCCCUAACCCUCUUGCUAAAGAAGAACUGAACUUUUUGGCUAGACUAAUGGGAGGCCUGGAGAUCAAGAAACCCAGUGGCAGUGAGCCGGGAUUCCGAUUAAACCUAUUCACAACAGAUGAGGAGGAAGAAUAUGCAGCAUUGACCAGACCUGAAGAGUUAUCUUACAAAGUUAUCAACAUACAAGCAACCCAGGACCAACAGCAGAAUGAGGAGCUGGCUCGAAUCAUGGGGGAGUUUGAGGUGACAGAUCAGCCCAGACAGAGCACAAGCAAGGGAGAUGAUUUACUGGCUAUGAUGGAUGAAUUAUGAUACUCUGCUUCCCAGAGGCACAGGCAGAACAAGAAGCUGUUUAUUUAGUCACUUACAAUUUGAUAUAGACAGAAACCUGCUGCUAGUCUCCUACCACAUGGAGCUGUUACAAAUCCUGUCUGUUUGUCAUGACUGAUUACACAGGCCAGCCUCAGACCCCAGAAUCAGUCUGGGUGGCAUUUAUACACAUUCUAUCAAAACUACUCUGAUUUUAAAUGUGACCUUUCAAUAUUUGCCUCCUUCAUUUUCUGUGAAAGCUCUAGAUUGUUCCAGGCCUCUGACUUAGAAUCUUGAGUAAUUAAAGAAAAGGGGAAGUGAGUAUUCAUGUUCUGCCCUUAAGCUUUGCUGUGGGAAGUCUGGAUACUUUAGAUACCAUUUAUAAUGGGAAAUGUGAAGCUUGGUGUAAUAUAUACUAGCUUGUGUGUGAAUCUUUAGCCCUCCUGGCAGGAACAGUCCCUUCUCUUUGCCAGUUGAGGCCAGAGAAGAUUUUGUUUGCUUCAAUUCAUGUAGCUAGCUGUCUAUCCACCAUUAAACAGUAGCAACCUCUUUUUUGCAGCACUCCUAAAAAUGAGGUCUAGAAAUGACCUACUAUCAAAAAAGUGUCUUAUUUGUGUUUCUAUGUACUUAAUGUAUAUUUUUUUUCACUUUUCAAUAAGGUACAGUACCAUACUUCACUGUUCAUUUCUGCCCCCAUCACAAAACAGGGAACUCCAGUUCUUCAGAAAUAUUUUCCCAAGUGCAUAGGUUUUUCUGUCUUAGAAUAAAUCUGUUGGCCUGAGCAAUGUAAACUUCAGUCCCUAAAUGCUAUGCUAUCUACCACUUUUCUUACUUCGCUUUAGUGAUAUUCCUCUUUAUAAAUGUAGCAAUGUGAAAGUAACUUUCAGUUGGAUUACUUUUAUGGUCUGUUGUUUGCAAGAAAUAAGGAACCUUCUCUCAGCUACAAAUUAACUUGCCAAUACGAGUAAGUGGAUUUAGUUCCAGUAAAAUGCUGAUAGUAGAUUUAGGGUAAUAAAUCAGGAGCUGAUCCAAAAUCAUA